AUGGAUGAAAUUCUUUCAAAAGCUGGUAGUCAAGCGGUAACAUUUGCCAUCAGAUCAGGUAUCUCAAUAGCGUCAACAUAUGCAGUCAAAUCAGUCACAAAGUUUUUGGCCAAGGUCCCAGAUGAUCAAAGAAUAAGACUUGAACGUACAAAGCAAAAAUUACAAACAAGAAUUGAGAUUGUGUCAAGUGCUAUUGAUUUAAUAAAAUUGGUUGCUAGUCGAGGUAAUACAAAUCUUGAAAGUACUCUUAGAUUAACAAAAGAUUUAAAGGAAGAGAUUGAUAGGUUUGAUGAUAAGAUUCAAGAAGUUUCUGAGAAUUAUACUUCUUCCAAAAAAGACAACCAGUCUGUGAAUAAUGUUGAACUUUAUAUGCUGGAUUUAUUAAGUAGGAUUGAAGAAGCUAUUCCAUUAAUCAAUUUAUCAUUAACCACAUCAGGUGCUAAUUUGAGCGGAACAUUAUCAAAUCAGGUGUCCCCUGGAAGGCUAUUGCAAGCUUCAAAUCAUGUUAACAAAUCAAAUGAAAAAUUCAAAGGGGAAUUACUGCAAAUUGGUCCAACAUUUGAAUUGACACUUUAUUCAAUUUUUUACCAUAGAGGAAGAAUAAUCAAUAAUAGAUUGAAUGAAAUCAGCUGGAAGGAAGAAUUUACAAGAGCUGAUAUAUCUGUAUGGAGGCAACCUUCUGCCAUUGAUGAAUAUCAAUAUGUUUUGAAAAUCAAGGAGAAUUUUAAUGAUGAUCGAUAUCAUGACGAUGAAGAUGAACCACAAGUGAUGGAGUUGGAUAUAAGUACUAUAACAAGAUUAUUUUUCAGUGCUUCCGGGAAAUUGUUGAAACUUGAAGAUAGAUCCACGCCUGUAUUAGUUUUAAAAAUUAACAAAAAUUUCCAAGAUAUUGAAAGUGAUGAAGAUGAAGAUGCUCAACAUGAAAGCAAUCCAAUUGAAUGGUUAUCAUUUGGUGAAUAUGAACAAUUGUAUGAUGGUUCAGAUGAAAGUGAAGAUUCAGAUGAAGAAGAUUCGCCAAAAUCUGCUAAAAGUUCAAUACAACAACCUUUAAAACCUCAUAAUUCAUUAUCAUUAUUAGAAUACAUCCUAAGACUAUGUGUAUUACAGUCAAAUGAUCAAUUAUCAAUCUUGGAAGUCAAUGAUGAAAGAUUAGCACUAUAUUUGAAUGAUGAAAAUAACAUUAGUGAUAUUACAAGUAAAUUGAAGAAGAUUGAAGUUAAUGAUGAUAAAGAACCUAGUACACCACAAAAAAAUGGAGAUAAUAAGAAUGGUGAUAGUCCAUUACCUGGUGAAGUGGAAUCAAAUGUUAAAUUAACACCAUGGGAAAGAGAUAAGAUUUCAAAAUUAUCAAGAACUCCAUUAGCCAGCUCAGCUGGUAAUCAAUAUGGUACUCCAAUAAAUACCCUAAGAAAAAAAGUCCUGAGAAGAAACCUGAAUGAUUGA